GCUGCUGAGCUCCUGUCAGUCACACAGGUCCACCCACAGUCACCACGGCGAUGACACGCGCUACUCUUCAGCUGCGAAACUCAUGACUUUGGCAGGACUGUCGAUGUUAACUGAUGUCCAUCAGAAGUGCAGCUGUCACUGACAUCGCUGUACUGAGUCGACACUGACCAUGCCAAGCCUUUGUGGUGCCAGGAUGAAGAAGGUUGUGGUUGCUGUGCUGUUGCUGUUCUUCACAUCAUACACUGCAAAAACACUCCACAGCCCACCGGAGAAGCCCAAACUCACCAGCUGCCGCUCACCUGAAAAAGAGACCUUCACCUGCUGGUGGCAGCCAGGCUCUGAUGGAGGCCUGCCCACUACCUAUGCCCUAUACUACCGUAAAGAAAAUUCUGAUACAGUGUUUGAGUGCCCUGACUACCACACUGCUGGAGAAAACUCCUGUUUCUUCAACAAAAACAACACUUCCAUUUGGGUCAACUACAACAUCACCGUGGUAGCCACCAAUGCAUUCGGCAGCAACUUCUCUGACCCUGUGGAUGUAGACGUGGUCUAUAUUGUCCAGCCCCACACUCCAGAGAAUGUGACGGUGACUGUGAUGGAGGACAAAGACGGGCCCUUCCUCCGGGUGUCAUGGGAACCACCACAUAAGGCAGAUACCAGAUCUGGUUGGAUCACCCUUAUCUAUGAGCUCCAUGUCAAGUUGGAGGGAGAACAGGAGUGGGAGGAGCAUCGUGCAGGCCAGCAGAAGAUGUUUAAUAUUUUUAGCCUGCGCUCAGGGGGCACUUACCUUGUUCAGGUGCGAUGUAAGCCCGAUCAUGGCUUUUGGAGUGAGUGGAGUUCUACUUCCUACAUCAUACUUCCUGACUAUUUCCCUCAAGAGAAAUCCCUAUGGGUUCUCGUCACAGUCUUUGCUGCCUUCAUCUUCCUCAUCCUCAUGUGGAUCUUACACAUCAGUAGUCACAGUAUGAAGAAUUAUCUUUUACCACCAAUUCCUGGUCCUAAAAUCAAAGGAUUUGAUGAAGAACUUCUCAAGAUCAGCAGGUCCGAGGACUUCUUCAGUGCACUGGUGGUGCACGACUUCCCUCCAAGGAUGCCAUCUAACUAUGAGGAUUUGUUCGUGGAGCACUUAGAGGUUUAUGUCCCUGAAGGGCAGGAGGGGAUGCUGGAGGAAAGCAAAGAUCUCCAGGAUUGCUGUCUCAAGUCCGAAGGCUUAACAUCUGAUAGCGACUCUGGCCGAGGCAGCUAUGACUGCCACACUACACUGAUGAGAAAGUGUAACAAGGGAAAUGCAGAUGAGAACGGCACAGAUCAUGAAGUUACUGGAUCAGAUAGAGGGAGUAAUGAGAUUGUGUGGGAGGAGACAGCAGGGAGCUAUGCUUCUGAAGAAGUCAUUAGUCCCAACAUUUCCCAUGGCAAAGUGAAGACCCUGCCACGGGUGUUUUCACCCCUUCCCCAGUACGGCUCUGAUCCACGGUUCCUUCCAAGCUCUCUUGAGAUGGCCAAACAGCACUGCCUUUCUGACAGCCUUAUCCCCUCAGGCUCCAUGUCCGACUGUGUCCCUCAGCCAUGUCUCAGCCCCAAAUUGGAUCUUAGACUGAGCUACUCAGAGAUUUGCUUAAGCAGCUUGCAGCCACAUCUGCUCCGUCCUCACAUCCAGAUCCACCAGUACCUCCACGCCCACAGCAAUGUUAACAUCUGCAGUACUGACCAGAAACUGCCUCCACCCAGUUUCUGGUGCAAUGAUUAUGUUGAAGUACAAAGGGUCAACCAGGAAAACCAGGAAGACACCGUGCUUCACCAGCCAGUCUUGUCAGGCCACAUGGAAGGCUGCUCUCAGAUCCUCCACAUGGAGGAUUACAGCAAAGUGAAAGAGGUGGAUGGUGAAAACAUGCUUCUACUCCAGACGGAGGUGGAUGUGAGGGACGAAGCAGUGGAUAGCUGCUUAAUGAAGGAUCAGGAGAUGCAUGGAAGGAGUGAAAUCUGUUACAUAACACCCGCCUCUACCACUACCCAAAAGUCAACAGUCUGCAGCCACACUGCCAUACAGGUUAAGCAAGAAUUGAUCCUAUUAGCAGAUGGUUAUGUUGACACAGCUGCUGUGUUCACAGUGCCAACUUAAGAGGUGCCGCACAAACCAAACGAGCACCAUAGUGGACAUUGCAAAACCUGUUUUCGGUUUGGACUGAAACAAAGACAAGAAGAUGACAAUUCCUUCAAAAUAAUCCACAUUUUGCUGUCACAUCAAUGCUCUAUUUUAUUUAUGAACUCAUAUUAUAAUAGACAACAUUUAUUUCCUGUAGCACGGUUGAGGUCGUGCUUGCAGUUAUGUCAGGUGCUUCAUUUGAGUUUGUACACUGGAUAACUCAAAAACGAAUGAGCAAAUUUUCACAAACAUUUUGUGGGAAAAAGGUUGACGGCAGCUUGAAAUAGAAUCCAUUAAUUUAAAGGAAGAAUCUGACAAAAGGGCCAGGUACUGUUCAGUGUUUUAACACUACAAGAUAAAAUGUGGACAACUGAAUCCCCAAUAUCCUCAUACAUCCGGAGUUGCUUGAGGAAGGACAUCUAUCAUAAAAGUGGUGCCAAAUUAACAUAUGGAUUCAUAUUGGAGCUGCUACAGAGACUUGGACCAUAAUAGGUGGAGACAAAAGAACCACAUGGUUCAUCAUGUGUAUAGUGAAAUAGCGGCUAACACACACUUGCCUCCCAGCAAGAAGUUCCUGGCUUCACAUGCCAGUUUGAAUUUCCUCCAGAUACGCUGGUUCCCUCCCACAGUCCACCACAAACAAAACAAACAUCGCACACAUUUGUUACUUCUUGUACAUGUGGAGUUACGUUGGGGAAAGGCAUAAGGUGCAAAACCUGUGUUAAAUUAAUAUUGCUGCUCAACAUUGGGGACCCUGACUGAACGGGAGCAGCCAAAAGGAAAAAAACAAAGUCAUGCACUUACUAUACGUAUAAUACUAUCUUUCCUGGUAUUUAUUGCAGUGAAGUGGUAUGAUUGCAAUAUCUGUUACUGUAAAGAACUGGACAAAGCACAUGAUGAAUAAUUAUAUUUUUCUGCUGAUGAGGAGGUUAUAUUUUUGCUGUCUGUUUGUCUGUCAGCAAGUUAUCUCAAAAUGAUAUGCAGUAACUUAAAAUUUAGGUUUGGUUACUUAAUAGAAGUAGCUGUAACUAAAUGAAGUAACUGAGAUAAAGUAAGUGGGUAACUGGAAAAAAAAAUCAUUUAGACUAACUAAGGAACUUAAGUAGCAGUAACUAAGUGUAACUGAUUAAACUAGUGUGGCAGUAAUCAAAAACCCAUUGCUGUGUAAUGUAAAGGGCUUCUUUGAACUCUUGAUCUGGCCAGACCUUUGAUUAUGAUGGUCUUUGAUCUUGAUUUUGUUUAUCUUGAUCACAGGUUCAAAGCAGUCAUCUAAGAACUGCAUUGAGAAUCAAAGAUAAAAAGCAUGAGCCACACUUUGAUCCAGAUUCCUUUGAUCAUGUAAUCAAGAUCAACAAAGUAUACAAUGGUGAAAAACAAAAUCUCCUUGCCAGGGCUCAAACAGCAGCAAUUAGGAUUAAAAAAAGAGUGAUCAGGGUCAAUGCUCUAUAUCAGGACUGAUGAUCAGCAAUCAUGAUCAAACAUCACCAAUUAGGAUCAAAGAUGAGUGAUCAGGAACAAAGAUCUGGAUCAAAGGUCAGCAAUCAAGAUCAAGAAAUGUUUAAGAAGACAUCAAAUCUUGAUCUUUGUUAUGCAUAUAUCAUUGUUUAUUUUUUUUUCUGUUCCUGGUGUUGGGGUCACAUAUAUUUGAGGGUGUUAAAAAAAAAAAAAAAAGCCAAAAUAAUAAAAAAUAUUCUCAG